UCGCCCGUCGCCACGAAACAUGGAAAUUUUGUGAUUGGGAGUGGGCCGGGCGCACGUUGGUUGCGAGUGUUUUCGGCCGCGAAACAAACUCGAGCACGAUGGAACAACGGCUCUUGACGGCGUGAAAAGCCAGCGAAGACCCGUCGCCUGCGGUCCGAAUGUCCGGAGGCGUCAGGAAGCCAGCGCGUCGCCGUGUUCGGUUGCCAACUCCUGCGCCGCUUUCCUCGACGGCACAAAGUGACCGCAACCAGCGAAGGAACAUCACAUGGCAUGGGUGACAUUGACCUGCCUCCAAGAAACACGAGUCUCAAGUGAGCCACCUUUAUUACGGGUAAUGCGAAAACUGGAGAAUCUCAGUGCCGUUCAUAGACCUACUACCUCAUACUGUUAGCGUCGAAGUGUGCUCUUCCCCGAGACCGAAGAGGUCUCUCGACGACACCAGAGAAGCGUGGUCCUUGCCACCUCGUGCGAUGAUUCUGCCGUGUGACGUCGCCAGCAGCCAUGUCAGCAGCAGCAGCUCCUCUUCGUCGUCCCUGCAUCCGUGCGCGGUGCCGUCGCUGAGCGCCCCGGUCGGGUCCAUCUUUACCAGCAUGGAGCACCAGCAGCAGUCACCCGAGCAGCUGAUGGCGCAAUACGCGGCGCAUGUGCUGCGCCAACACCAGCAGCAGGCCAAGCCGUACAGCCGGCGCACUCCUGCGGCAAAGCCGUACUCGUGCGAACAGUGCGGCCGCGGUUUCAAGUACCUGCACACAUUGCGCUUCCACAUCAAGACGACGCAUGACAGCGCGGCGCCUGCUGUAGAGCCGCGCCUCUCGAGGCUCCGGAGGGAUGCACCGCCGGACUUAUCAUCACCGGGGGGUGCCUUCUGCGGCGCCGAGCAGCCGACGGACGACAGCCGGGAGGAGGACCUCUCACUCCCACGGCCCAUCGAAGGCCGAUCCCAGCCGGAAUUGCCUCCAGAGUUUCCCCAGGACGCCGCGCCUGUUGACUCAGCGCCACCAGUCAAGAAAGAAGAGGUGCCCGACAGUUACGGACCUGUCAAGUCCGAGUCCCAAGAUGUGCCCACCACAACGUCGUGCGUGGGAAGCUUGUCGCACAUGACGGCGCCCAAUCUGGGUUCGAGCUUGACCGCUGCUGGUCUGCCAUCUCCAUCUUCGCUGCUUGGCAUGGAUGCUUGGCGCAGCAUGAAGCUUCAGGCUGAGGUGCCGCUGGCGAGCAAGGUUGACGUGGUAAACCCACUUACAGAACAGCAGUAUACCCUGUACAAGUGUGGCAUCUGUGGCGAGACUCAGCCAAGCCUGCGUGGCCUGUGUGACCACCUGCAGGCGCACACACGUGCUGUCAAGGAGCAUCACUGCGAUAAGUGUGGUGCUGUAUUCAAGUGGCGUAGCCAGCUUCUUGUCCACGAACAGGUGCACCAGGUGAUAGAGGGCAAAGCUGGCUUGCCACCACCUACUGGCCUGCCUGUGCUGAGCCCGCUUCCGGAGGCGCUUAUUGGCGAGCCACGAGUCUCGUUUGACCAGGCCCUUCAGCUUGGCGCAUUGGCGGGCCACUUUCUGCAGCCGGGGUCACUGCCCAACCUCACCAUGGGCCUGCCACUCGGUAUGGCCCCGACGACAUCCGUGGCCCCGUCUUCGACCUCCUCGGUGCCGGAGUUCACAUCACCACACUGUGCUGCACCGCCACCUGCACCCGCACAACGUGGCCCCAGCAGCGGCAGCUCCAAGGGCGGCUCUUCGUGCCCCUCAUCGAGCCAAGAAGCAGGCAUGCGACUGCCCUUCCAGUGCAGCUACUGCAGCAAGUCGUUUGACCGCAUCUUCUCGUUGCAGCGCCAUGAACGCAUCCACACAGGUGUCAAGCCAUGCUACUGCAAAGCUUGCGGUCGUGGGUUCAGUGAGCGUCGCAACUUGCGCCAUCACAUCAUCCGCUUCCACUCUGAUGUAAGCCAGCGGGACCAGUUGCGACGGCGCCGACGCGCGGCGGCCGCUAGGAGCCGCGCCGCGGCGGUGCCUGCCGGCGGCAGUGCCAAUGGGGGCGCCGCUGCCAGCGGAGAAGACCCUGCCGACAACCCACAAGGCUCGCUCAAGCUGGUUUCCUUCCUAAAGAAGACAGCGGUUCGCAUCCUCAACUCGGUUGAUCAGAGCAAGGAGGAGGAAGAUGACGAUGACAUGGAGGACAUAGAUGAUCUCGAGGACAAAGCUGAUGGUGACUUGGAUGAUGAGGAUGACUUAAGGGCUGGGGAUGAAAGCGGCUUUGCCGAGAAUGGAAGCCCAGAUGACUUCAAGGAAGAUCAAAGAACGGAUGGCAGCAACCCCGAGCUGUCUGACGAGGAACGAGCUAGUCCAGUGGCAGCUGAGAUGCCCGUGGCACUUUGCACAAAAGACAGUGGGAGCCCUACUGGCUCGCUUGAAGCAGAUAGGAAGGCUGAUGAUGAAGAAGGCGAGGAGGACAAUAAAACCAUUAUCUAUCCUUUGGAAGCCAUGCCCAUGGCGACAGCACCUGUUGAAUCGGCACAGGCAGAUGAGAAAAGCGGUGGCGAUGGUCCUUUGUCCUCACAAGACUUGGAUGCCAGUAAUGAAGAGUUGAGGCGGCCAGCUACAGGUAACAGGCGAAAGAAAGGAAGGCCAAUGCGCUAUGGUCCAGCAGUUGUGGAAACAAGUGAGGACUGCGGUAGCGAGAAAGGAGCUGACGAAGGUACCGGUGAAGUCAAAGAGAUGAGAUCUGCAGCUGGUGAAGACAGAGUUGCUGAGGACGAACUUAACCCAUACACAAAGGAGGAAAUGGCAGCCUGGAUGCAGCUCGGCAAGGCAACAGGAAGCAGCCAUGAAAAUGGGGAAGUUGGCAACCCUGCCCUUGACGGCAAGGCGGGCACGACAGGCCAUGGGUCAUUUCUCUCGGCAUACAACUGUAGGAUGGACAUGCCUGAGAGACCCAUGAGUCGAGAUGAAGCAUGCACCCCGCAAAUGGGGCCUGAUGGAAAGUUUGUCUACCCGUGUUCCUACUGUUACAAGACCUUUUCUUCUACCUCUGAUCUCAACAGGCACAUGGACUUCCAUGAAGGCAUCAGGCAGUUCCUGUGCCGUGCAUGCAGCUACCAUGCGGUGACGCAGUCCGAUCUCAGUCGGCACGAGAAGACGCGACAGCACCUGGUGCGACAGCAGAAUGCGUGCCCCAGCUGUGGCCUAGGUUUCAAUUCCCCGACCCAGCUUGGUGACCACGCGCUCAACUGCGGUGCGGUCAGAGACCUGACUGCCAAGGUGCAGUCCACGGAGGCAAACAACAAUGACCGCAGCUUUGAGAGCAGGAAUGGAGAGUUGCUGACCCGGCCACCGGCAGACGACUCUGCUGCCGGCCAUGGUGGAAGUCGGCUGGAAAAGAGCUGUGUCCUCUUGAAAAAGAAACUGCUUUGCUUCGAGGGGGCACUGUGAGUGGCGGCAGCAACGAUCUCACUCCCUCUCCUCAGGCCUGCAGCCAUUGUUUGGCUUUCCGACAAGUGAUAUUCGUAACGGGUCUACAUGCAGACGUUGAACAUCGAGACACACACACGCACACACAUAGAAAUAACUGGAAUGCCGGUGAAUGACAUGCUUAUUUGGGUUUGCAUUACUGUUUUAGUCUGAUGUGCAAAAGCAUUGUGGUGACAUUCCAGGCUGACUACUACGGGAGUACGUACUUUAUUAGCUUAUCUUUUUGUGAGUCUAUGCUGCCCCCUGUUUCAUGGGGAAGAUGGCCCAAGGAAUACCUAGGUGACCUUGCUUUGCAUUAAUAUUUUUGUUGUUGCUGUUGUUGUUAUUGCCUAAUCAUUGGCUAGCAGUUUGCUGCUGGCUAUCCCCAGUGGAAUCGAUUAAGUUCCUUGGUUGUUGGGUGUGAGAGUCUUUUUUGAGCAAGAGCAGUGAGCUUUUGCCUGAGAGGCCCUCCUCGCUUACCCAUUUUGCUUGGGUGCCUGGCUUGUGCAAGAAGACGCAUUUUUUUUUGUUGGUUGUUUCACUAGUUGAUUGGUUAUUUGUUACUUCUCUUAUACACGAGCAUUUUUCUUUCUCUCUGUGUACAAUCUGUUGAAAUGAAGUUGUGUUCCAGACGAUUUUUUCAUUUGCAUUGUCUUUUUUGUCUGGAACAAUCCUCAAAGCGGGCAUAAUGUCGCUCACCACAUAGUUCUUUGUGUGGGUGGUGCUCAUUGUUGAGUGGCGGUGUGCCAGGCGCACAUGAAUACGGGUGUUUUUCCUCCUCAGAUUCCAUACAACUCAGGGCUUGUAGUGAUCUGAUAGAUAGACGCCUCCUCUGUUCCAGCUGGGAACAAACCAAGUCUAGUUCACUGAAAGUGCCAUGGGUGCUGUGAAGUGAAUUAAAUGUCCAGACACGUAAAUGAGCACUUUUUCAAAACAUACGGGUGGAUUUUUGUGAUUUAUUCCCCUGCUUGUUUUUAUUUUGCACUGAACUGCAACAUCUGUGACUAGUGUCAUUGUAACAACCUGUUAUCUUAGAAAAAACUCUGUUUGCAGUAUAUAAGUGGUUGCGCGAAUUAAAAGACUGUUGUGCAAUUGUUAUAAAUGUGCUUUGGACAAGUACACUAAAGAAGAAAAAAAAAACACAAAAGAACUGUCAAUGUGAGUGUAUUUUAGUGUCUCUGCAAGGCAAUAAACAUGUCAAAGUAUAAGCUUUAUGCUGACA